CCGUUACAGUAGAGAAUUUGUCCAUCCAUUUAAUUGAAGUGUCAUUCUGCUAUAAAGACCAAUGCUCACAAGCGCUAUCUGGCGGCAUAAAACUGAAGCUCAACGCCAGGGCUGCUUUGGCACACAUGUUAACCUUUUGACAGCUACAAUUGGGAUAACAAAAUUGUUUUUUAAGUCGUCGCCGACAAAACAUAAAAUUUCAUUUUUUUGGGCAAAUUUGGAAGACGAAUGCCUAAAAAGCUCGGAACAAAUUCAAGUCCGCAGAUAAUUCUUGCAAUACGAACAAGACAAAGCGCAAGUCGCAGAGGAGAUCGCCAAUAUGCCGUUGCCCAGCGGUUCCUUCUCCCAAAGUGGACCCACAUGCUUUGACAAAAUGAAGACUGGCUUCACCAUUGGCUUCUGUGUGGGAAUGGCCAGCGGUGCUCUAUUUGGCGGCUUCUCGGCACUCAGAUAUGGACUACGUGGACGCGAGCUAAUAAACAAUGUGGGCAAAGUAAUGAUUCAAGGAGGCGGCACUUUUGGCACCUUCAUGGCCAUCGGUACGGGCAUACGUUGCUGAGAGCUUCCUGACCCGGAUUGCAUUUUGAUUGAUAAUAAUUACACUUCCCCCGUAUCCCCAAACCCUCAACAUAAGCUAAGUUUUUAAGUUAUCUUAAAAUGAAUGAAUGCUUUAAAAAUUACGCUAUGUAUAAGUUAUUGCAAUAGAAGAGUUGUUAAGCCAAAUCCAA